AUGGAUGGUACUGGAGGGCAUUAUGACCUAGUUUGCGGCGACGUGGCUAAACACACCAAGAAGGUCAGAACUGUGGGUAAAUACAAGACCUGUUAUGGUGCUUCCCUCAGGAAAAUGGUGAAGAAGAUUGAUAUAAGCCAGCACGCCAAGUACACUUGCUCCUUCUGUGGCAAAACCAAGAUGAAAAGACGAGCUGUGGGGAUCCGGCACUGUGGCUCCUGCGUGAAAACCGUCGCCAGUGGCACCUGGACCUACAACACCACUUCUGCCAUAACAGUAAAAUCUGCCAUCAGAAGACUGAAGGAGUUGAAAGACCAGUAG